AUGGUCAUGCGUUCCACAUAUGCCAACACGGCCCUGUGGGCCUUGUCGGCCUUGAGCGUGGUGACACAAGUCUUCGCCCAGGCGCCGGUGCCAAACCGCCAAGUCGACCCGGCCGUCUUUCCUGGCAUCACACCCAGCGAGAAACUCGAGUGGCAUGACUGCUAUGAUGUCUUCAAGUGCGCUCGUUUGUCGGUCCCGGCCAAGGUGUCAGGCAAGCGUUGCAAAGACCGCGUCGAGAUUGCCAUCAUCCGGCUCCCUUAUCGUCGGACUAAUGAGAGCAUGCCAGCCCAGCAACAGGGGACCGUGCAUAUCCAGCUCGGCGGCUGGUCCGCAUCGAGCACAAACUUCCUCGUGCGCUUCGGCGAGUCCUACACGACUCUCUUGGCGGGAUACGAGCUACUGGCCAUCGACUACCGUGGCUAUGGCUGGUCCACGCCAUCCAUUAACUGCUUCGCCUCGGAGGCUGAGCGCCAGGCUUUUGCUCUUCCGGAACCUCCCCUGCUGAGCUCGUCCCUCGGGAUCACGGAGGUCUGGGAGGCUCGCGCCCGCAACUUCUCUCGGUCUUGCCGCAAGCACGCCGCCCGCGCGAUCAGUUAUGGAGGCAGCUACGCUGCGGCCGUGGACCACGUGACAGUCAUGAAGGCCAUGAGUCAGGAAAAGCUGAGCUUCUGGGCCGUGACCUCGGGCUCCGUGGUCGCCUCGACCGUGGCGUUCCUGUACCCGCAAUACAUCGACAAGCUUCUGCUCGACGCCCCCGAGGCCGUGGCGCCGGACUACACGACGACCACUGCGCAGGCGAAGAAUGUCGAGGAUUCGAACACGGCGCUCUCGGCGUUUCUGUACACGUGCCUGCACGCGGACCCGCAUGGGCCGAGCCCUUGCAACUUCACUGGCAGCUCGACCACGCUGGCCGACAUCCGGGCGCGCUUCAACAAGAUUGAGGCGGACCUGCUGGCAAAGGGGGACGCCGGGCUCAGCGUGCCCAACUUCCCGCCCGAGGUGCGGUUCACCUGGUCCAGGUUCAAGGUCACCAAGUGGAGUGAGCUAGUCUGCCAAACUGUGCAAGCGCCACCGACCAGGGUCUUUUGCAACAUCGCUAAAUCUACGGCUAUGACUACCCAGCAAAGAGCACCGCGGCCUCGUCCACGGGAGGAUCCACAGGCAUACCACCCCCCAUACCGCUCAUGGGAACAACUGAAGCAAGACAAUGUCUGGGUCCGUUACAAUUCCGGCUAUACUGAUCGCCUCAUUUGGUACCUCAAUGGCGCCUUCCCGGCAUGUGUCUCUGUCUCCAGCGCUCCCUACAGAGAAGACAAUCUCGCACCGCUCUUCACGCCAGCCAGCGAGGAUCAUCAGUCGGACAGUGGUGGUGGUGGUACAUGGCACGAAAUCGCCAAGCUGCCCAUGACAAAGCCUCCCGUCUCUUCAAUCAAUGUCUCUUGCCUGGACCUCGAGGAGCUGGAACGUUCCUGGGUCCGGACUCACAAAGAGCUCUGCGAUGAAGACGAGGGCGAGUAUGCCUCGUCCCAAGACUUUAGUAGCAACAACAAUGAUGACGACGACGAGCGACGACGACCGAUUGCGACCGCCAGCGAGAGGAACGGUCGUCGGGAAGCCGACCAAGGCACGAGGUAUCUCAUGCGCUGCUGUGGGCAGGAUCGGCCAUUUGGAAAGACUGGCCAGAAGGUGACAGUCGCGUCCUCUUCGGCAAAUGAGUUUGUUACGAUAGGGGAUUACGUUACCAGUGAGUUUCUUAAGAGCGAGUUCCUCCCCAACGUCUGUCUGAUGAGUAAUAUACUAAAUCCAGGGGUACUCUUCUAG